CCGCCUCACAAAAUUGUAAAACUCAGUUUCUCGUAAAACCUCAAUAAUUUACCAACCCUUUGUAGGUCAUUCAUAUUGCUUACGAGGCGGCUUUUUUCGACAAGCCGCACGGCCUGGCUAAAAAUAAAGGCGCGUCCUUCACUUAUCUCGACCACCACCUCUCUCACUUUCAAACACACCAGAGCUUUAUAUACCACUCAUAAUGUCCGUUGUCUCCCCGGUUGUGAAAAAGCUUAUUGCCGUAAUCACGCUCCUCAUAUUCAUAGCUCUCCUCUACGUCCACUCAUUACCGAAAGCUCACAUAAAGAUGCCAACCGUGCCUCCCCCCAAGUCCAUGGAGGAGCACGAUCUCUGCACAAUCACCAAUCCGUUGACCAACGGGUUCAUCAAUCUCCGCGAGUUGGGUGCUCUCGGCCAUGACGGGCUUGUGACCGCGUGGAACUCCAAAGGCUUUGACUACCACCACAACUUCACGCUCGGGAUCUGCUCCACGCCCUUCAAGCAGCCGGCAGAGGUGCGUGAUGUGUCCAAUUCGUCACUUGUCGGCGGCUACUACACCAAUGCGGACGGCACCAAAUUCUCCAUCGGUGAGUACUCUGCGCAUCCAAAGUUCCGUGGCCGCAAGUUAACUCUUACGUACGAAAACGGUAGCUACUGCAGCGCCAGCAAGGACCUCCGCAAGUCAACCAUCUUGUCCUUCGUGUGCGACCGUGAGAUCAUGGCUAAGGCCCAAGUUUCAUUUGUGGGCCAGCUCCACGAUUGUGCCUACUACUUCGAGGUCAGAACUGUGCACGCGUGCCCUACGUUCAACGACGAGGAAACCGCGUCCGUAGCCUGGGUGUUCUUCCUCUUGAUCCUGGUUGCCGCGGGGGUGUUCUUUGGAGCGGGCCACUUGUACCAGCUUAUCCGCAAGAAUGCCAGACGUAUGGCGGGAACGAGCGCCGAUUGGAAGCCGACGCCGGUGGUAGGUGUUGCUGACGCGUUGAAACAGUUGCUCAAACCGAACGAAAAGCUACCUCUCUAGGCGUCAGGAUUGUCAUAUAUAUGAGACGGCGGUUCCGGUGUAUGUUAAAGGGUUCCGGUGUAUAAUAAAGCUAUACAUGUGGGAGGGGCCGUUAUUUCAAAUUAAAGGCGGAAGGAAUGGGGACGAUUAUUCUUUUCGAAAGAGGGACCAGGAAGGAAUGAAAAGGACCAGGAAGGGGCUGGAAAGCCCGGUAAUAACCACGCCUGGGAACAGCCUGAGCCCCAGUUGGUUUUAAAUUGUGUUUGAAUCAACAAUAUUUUCAGAUAUGCAUAUAUAUUUAUAGUCAACAAUUCAUAAAAUAUAAAACUUCUUCCAGAGUUUUAAUAAACUUAUAUAUUAUAUAUAGCACUAAGUUGAUGAUUUAUAUAAUCAUAAU